AUUAUUUAAAAAUUACAUUGUAUCAUAUUUUUGAAAAAAAAAAAUGGUUCCAUCUUGCUAGUCUUCUGUACUUGGAUCGAACAUUUUUUUUAUAGGCAAAUGUUAGUUGUUUGUAAUGGUAGUAAAUUAGUCCUCCUCAGGGUUUGAACCUUGGACCCUUCACCCUUCAUCCCACCCAACCUUUAUAUCCCUAACUCUUACCACUUGAGUUACCCUUCGGAGACACUUGGAUCGACACUUGAUUUAAUUUUCCUUCAUGAGUUGGACGGAACCAAAAAGUUUGUGCAGGAAGAAAAUGUACUUUAUUCAGCUACUAUUAAUACUACUAACUGUUCCUGUGUUUUUUUGGAGUAUCCUUGACCAACAUAAUAUUGGGGGUGGAGGAUGUGUUGAGCCACUAAUAAAAAAUAAAGCAAACUUAGUGCUAUAAACUCGUGUAAUGCAUGAGGUCUAGAGAGGGGCUACUUUAUCGAUCUAAUAGGCAAUCUUACAUUGCUUUUUUGCAAUCAGCAGCAGAUUUCACAACUCGAAUCUGCGCCUGCAAACUUACAUGGCAACAACAUUACCGUCGUGCCGAGGCUCGCCCUCUUCAAGCCACAUUCUAAUAGGAUGUUUUAAUUCUAGAAAACAAUUGGUAAAGGAUUUCAAUAUUGCUGAAAGAGAGGAAGAUAUCAGUGCCUAUGCUGGUUAUGUGGGAUCUGCAUUCAUGCUUGGUAGAGCUUUGACUUCUAUACUGUGGGGAAUGGUAGCUGAUCGCUAUGGUAGAAAACCUGUUGUGAUUAUAGGGAUCUUCUCUGUUGUCAUCUUCAACACACUAUUUGGCCUAAGCACAAGCUUUUGGAUGGCUGUUAUUACGAGAUUCACCCUUGGAGGUUUAAAUGGUUUGCUUGGACCAAUGAAGGCUUAUUCUUCUGAAAUUUUUAGAGAAGAAUACCAAGCUCUAGGACUCUCAACCGUUUGUGCUGCUUGGGGAGUAGGUUUAGUCUUUGGACCAGCAUUGGGAGGUUAUUUGGCUCAGCCAGUGCAGAAAUAUCCAAAUAUAUUUGCAAAGGGUUCCUUUUGGGACAAGUUUCCUUACUCAUUGCCCUGCUUCGUAGUAUCAGCUAUAGCACUUGCAGUACUAAUAAUAGCCUGUGUUUGUCUUCCAGAGACACUUCAUAACCACAAAGUGUCCAAUGACAACAUUCAAGCUUUAGAAAGUGGAAGCUGUGGGGCUGACAAAAACAAAGAGAAACAGAAAGAUGAAAGCAUCCUUAGAAAUUGGCCCUUAAUGUCAUCUAUCAUUGUUUACUGCAUUUUCGCAAUACAUGACAUUGCUUUCUCAGAGGUUUUCUCAUUAUGGGCUGUGAGUCCUCGGAGGUUGGGUGGUUUGAACUUUGACACUGAUGAUGUUGGUAAUGUUCUUGCAGUAUCAGGUAUGGCUAUUAUAAUAUUCCAGCUUGGCUUAUACCAGCCAGUGCAAAAAGUUUGUGGACCUAUUGUGCUUUCUCGGAUCUCAGGGGUGUUAUCUAUACCCAUCAUGCAAAGCUUCCCCUUCAUGACCAUGUUGUCAGGCUUCACACUGUACAUAGCGUUAUAUACUGCUGCCAUUCUAAAAAAUCUAUUCAUUGAGAUAAUUUCUACUGGCUUAUUCAUUCUGCAAAAUAGAGCAGUGGAACAACAUCAAAGGGGGGUAGCUAAUGGCAUUUGCAUGACUGCUAUGUCAGCAUGCAAGGUAAUUGGCCCAGCUGGAGGUGGUGCAAUAUUAACUUGGUCACAAAAGCGAAUGAAUGCUUCUAUCCUCCCAGGCCCCCAUCUGGUCUUCUUUGUCCUUAAUGUCAUUGAAGUACUUGGAGUCUUGUUGACGUUGAAACCAUUCCUAACAGUAAAGAAGGAUUCACCUUCAGAGCAAUUGCACUAACAUUUAAUAAAUUUUGCAUAGGAUGUAAAGCAUCACAAGGUUAAUUGGGUGCAUCGUGGUGAGGUUAUUGCAACUUGGAGGGCUUAGCUGCCAUGAAUAAAAGUAAAGUGAAAUGUGCAACCUACUAAAAAUAUGCGAGUUCUUCGAAACUCAGAGUAACGUUGGUCUUUGGUCAACCCUUUUACCCUCAGGCCAAUUGUAGGUGACAGAUUGAAAUGUGUUUGGAAUUUGGACGAUUAGGUGCUAGGAAUUUGCAUCUGCAAGUUUAGAAUUUAUUAUUGAGCUUUCUGUAUAGAUGCAUAUAUACAGAAGAAAUCGUGUUUGUGUUUGGAGAUAGAUAGAUUGAUUGAGUUUGGAAGAUGUAAUUUCAUUUUAUGUAUUAUAAUAUCAAUAUAGUUUAAGAUGAGAGUUGUGGACGAUUUAUUUAUGUGGUAAAGCAAAAGAUUAAAGUUAAUGAAAUGUAAUAGAUUCAAUAACUAGAUUUUCUGGUGAAAUGAAAUAAGUAAAUAGCAAAAUUUUCUUUGAACAAACCAGUAAG